AUAUCUGAAGACAGGCUUCCAGGAAAGAGACAAAUCUUCUGUAGACAUGGAAAGUUAAAACGAUGGAAACAAGUUGACAAAGAAGCAGGUAAUAAUGUUCAUACAAAUAUUCCUAAAAGAUCAAAUAAUGAAGUUUCUAGAACUCUACAUAACAGUGUACAAUUACAAAUUGAAGAAACUUCCAAGGUACAGACACCUAGUAAUCACGAACAAUGUAAAAAAGAUAUGUUGAAAACCAUUAGGCAGCCCAUUAUAGUAUUAAGUAGAAUAGACAAUGUAAUUAAUAAAAUAGCACAGUCGCUUGCUAAAGUUAUCUCGAAUAAGCAAUCAGGAACAAUUGAACAGGCAACAAUUAAGCAGGAUAUAGCUGUGACUCAAACUGAAAAAAAUGUGUUACCAUUAAAACCAACACUAUUAAGUGUCAAUGGAGAUGAUUGUAUUCAAGACAGUAAAAUUGACAGUUUAAUAUCAAACACUAGUGUAGAAGAAGACUUACAAGAAAAUGAACGAAUUCAGAACAAUGAUACUGACAAAUCUACAAGCAGCGAUAUGUCCUAUAUUAAUUUUAGAAGGAAGAGAAAGUUUAAAAGCAUGUUUCACGAUAUUUUCGGUGAUUCUAGUGAUUCUAGUAAUGACACAGAUGAUAACAUAUGGAAAAGGACACCAAAAAAAACGAAAAGACACAAAUUGAGUUUGAGAAGGGAAAGAACAGUAACAGCUGAUGGAAGACACAAUGCAUUUAACAAACAAAGAAAAAGAACUGCCAUGAGUGAGUCUAUAAAUAAAAACUCAUCAUUACAAACUAAUUCGUCUAAAAAAACAAGUGUUUCUACUACAUUAUAUAAUCUUUUUAAUAAAGCAUAUAUAGAGGAUGCAAGUAAAAAUGUAGAUGCUAAUUAUGAAAAACAAAAUGUUGAAAAUAAAGAAGUAAGUGGUGAAAAUGAAGAAGUAAAUGUUGUGAGUGAAGAUGUAGGCAAUGAGAAGGGAAAUAUAGAUGUCCAGAAUGCAAGUAUAAAUGUUCAUACUGAGAUUGCAGAUGUUGCAAAGUGCAAAUUGGGUGUUUUGGAGAAUACAUUGCAAGAAAGUAAUGAAAGCAUUGAAAGCAUUGAAGAAAACUGUGCUUCUAACUCAGUGCCCUUAGAAGUAGAUUCUGUACAGACAACUGAGCAUAAUAUUUGUAUAAAGGUAGAAGAUACAAGUUCUGCAAAUGAAGAGGAAAUUGUCACAGAAACUGUCGAAAUUCAGAAGCAAACAAUCGAGUCACCUACAUCUGACACUGAGUUAAUACGAAAAUACAAACUGUUUGAAGAACUAAAGGUGUUGGUAAUAAAUUUAGAACAUAUUAAACCUUUGUUCGGUAACAAAUAUUCAGCCAUGGAAAUUGAACAAUUACACCACAGGUAUAAAAACUUUUUGUUGAAUUCUAAUUUUAUGUGUGCAUCUUCAAAAUCCUUGUCUUCGAAUAUAGUUUAUGCAGAGAACAUUGUUGCUCAACACGAAAAAUCUGAUGACUGUGGUAUUGCUAAAUCCUCUGUAGAUAGAUUAGCGUCGAGUUCAGAUUCUUGUGAAAAUCAAAAUAGUCCAAUCAAGUCAAGUGCUUCGAUAAAGUCUUAUCCAAACAAAAAAGUAACUGUGCAAAAGGCAAGAAAUUUAGGAGAUAAUAACCUUUUUAAUAGUCCUACAGUAACACAGGACAACAGCUAUCAGGACGAAAGAUUUAAGAAAAUAUCCGAUGGUAAUGUGAAGGAAAAUUCUGUUUCUUUAUUUUCUCCAAAGAAAUCUACCAAAGUUUCCAAGCUUACGAAUCUAAUUGAAAAUAAUAGUCCGAAAAAGGCAGAUGUUUCAUGUAAGGAUUCUUUGAUAGAAUCUACAUGCAAAAUCUUAAAUUCUUCCUCUUCUACAGAGAGUUUUGAAAACCGGACAACCAAUGUUAGAUCUCGUAUAAGUACAAAAUCUGAGCAGUCUUUUGCUUCCAAAUCACUGGAAACAAAAAGUUAUUCUACGGGUGGAUAUUCAUCUAAGAAUAUUGAACAAAUUCUUUCUCCAAAAAAGAAAAGCUGUGGAAUAAUGGAGCAGUCUAAAGAUGCAAGCAUUGACAGUCAUAAAGCAGAUAUUCAUAAUUUCUUAAUUUCUCCAAUAACAUGCCAGAAAACUGUAGAGAAAAAGGAGACUAAUAAAUGUAAAGAAUUUUUCAGUGGUUACAAAUGCAUUAUUUGUGAUCGUUGUUUUGAGAACUAUUCUUUUCUGAAACAACAUUUAAGCAAGCACAUGCAAAAACAGAGCAGUAUUUCUUCACAUACAUCAAAACUUGUUGGCUCAGUUGAAAAGAGUCCGAAACCAAAGAUAGUGCAAAAAAAAGUAUCUCUUCCUUCGGUAGCAAAACGAACAAAGCCACAACAGUCUUCUAACGAAGAAAAUACUUCCCAAGUUGUAUCUACUAGUAUUACAGACGAACCAGCAUUAUUGCGAAAGGAACCACGGAGUAAAACGACACAGGCAAAACAGAAAAAUAAUGUUACAAGAAGACGUAGGGUUCUAAAACCAUCCAAGUUGACAACGGAGUGCAGCGUCUGUUUCCGUGAAUUUCCAACGAGAAUGGAUCUAGCAGCGCACAUUUUCUUGCACACGGAACGUGAACUGAAAGAGGCAUUUGAAAUUGCAAGACAAAAGAUCAUAAAAGGAGGAAACUUUAACGAGACUAAGGCUAAAGAGUCGGAACUCCAAAAAACGAACAACAGUGCUGUGAACAAUACAACCGACGUAAUUGAAAAGUCCUUGGAAAAUACCGAUGAAAACAAAAUAAGUCGUAUAGAAUCAUCGAUUAUACAAAAGCAAGAUGAGCAAUUAAUAGUGCAGUCUAAAGCUACAAUUACUGACAAUGUAAUAGUAACUGAUAUCUUUAAAUCGAUGAAAUCAGUUGUCUACGGAGAAAACAAUACCAAUAGCAUUCAACCAUUUUUCAUACAAAGUAAAAUAGAAAAAGCUAAAGCAAUUGCCCCUAGAAAAUCAUUUACAGUGUGCCAGUGUCACAAUAGAUCAGACACUAAUUUCAGUUGUCUACAGAUCGAGAUAGUUCUUUUGUGUCAUACUUGCAGAGUAUUAUUUCGAAGCAUAGAAUGCUUCGAGACCCAUUAUCGUCUUCCCGAAUAUUCAGUUUGUAAUCAGAAUCGUCCGGGCAAUGGCCGUUCCCCAAACCUAUUCUGUGCUACUUGUGGUAUGAUAUUUGUUUCGGUUCAGGAUGUGCGCCACCAUCUACAGAUACAUGUCCGUUUCAAGCAGAACUGUACUAUGGAUUUUCGUUGCAACGUCUGCAAAGUUAUGUUCAUUGGAAUCGGUUCGCUCUUUUACAUUCACUGGUCCAAACACACGAAGGAUCCUUUCUGGGUAGCCAGCGAACAGUCAUUUCCAAAAAUAUCUGUGAUAAGCUUGAAAUCGAAAAAAAAGGUGGCAGCAUGUAAACCGGGCGAAUUUGCUCUGGAUAAUUUGGUGGAUAGUUAUAUAUACAUUGCAGAGUAUAUUUGUUCAAACUGUAACACGAUUUUUGUUAACGAAGAAUAUUUAAAAAUACAUAAUCAGAUCUGCAAACCUGUUUAUUUAGCAAAAAGUCCAAAUGUACAGGCAGACGUUUCUGUGGAAAAGCAAUUAAGACUACGUAUGAUCUGUAGUCUCUGCAAUGGUAUUUUCUGUGAUAGAUUGGAGUUAUAUAUGCACAUGAAGAACAAGCACAAAUUUGCCUCUGAGCCUCAAUUUGUGUGCCUCUCUGGUAUUGCUGGAAAGAGCACAUAUAUUUGUAACGUUUGUAUUGGACUCACUGAAAGCAUAGACGAAUUUAAUGAGCACUGGUUGAAGCAUUACACACGUCAACCACAGUUUACUUGUAUGUAUUGCGAAAAAGAGAGUAAUAGUUUAAGUACUUUUCUGAAACAUGUCACAGAGCAUAGGUCUGAAAUGAAAGAUGAUACAGUGUCUUGUAAAGUAACUUAUCAGGAGGUUAAAUUGCUAUGUAAGCUUUGUGGUCUUGGUUUCGAAUUUCAGGAAGACUUAAGUAAGCACAAUGCUAUACAUAAAACAAUUAACCAGACAAGAAGUACGAAGACUAAUAUAGUAGCGAAUCGGAUGGUUUCUGUACUAAAUCCAAAUACAAAUAAUGUUUCUGAUCUUUCAAACCCAACAGAGUCGACCACAGAGAAGCACAAUAGAAAACCCGUACUGAAGAACAUAAAUACUAAUAUUCAGGGAACAGAAAAGAAGACAGAGCAAUGUUUGAAAUCUAGUAGAGAUAUGGAUAAAGAGAAAUUAAUCAGUAUAUUAGAAGGAAACGAAGAGGGGGAUUCUGAUAACGAGUUAAUAAUAGAUUUAAAAGAACAAUCAGAAUUGGACAGUGAGCCAGUAGUGGUAGAUAAAUGUAAAAAAAAUACAUUUGCAUCUGCCGCUACAUUAAGUGUACCGUCCGCUGUAUGUGUUCCUCCAGUUCCGGAAAGGGCUACACCUGAUGUAUUCAUUGAAGAGUCUGUAAUUCAAACACCUUUACAGAAAACUGCAACAAAUUUACCAGUCACUGUAUCCAUCAAAGACACAGUAACUUCAACAACCUCGCAGAAUGAUACACACCCAGAAAAAACAUCAGGCUCUCAUACAACUACGAAUAAUAUCUAUCACCCACAAUCUACUUUAUCUGCGAAUGAAGAAAAAUUAGAAGAAACUACUUCUAUAAAACAAAAGUACGGUUUUCUACGUGUGAAAAACUUAGCAGAACUUACAGGAAGUAUGAAUACCUUGCAUGUAUGUGAAGUGUGCAAAUGUACUUUUGAAUCUAUCGACAGUAUGAAGGAGCACUUGUUAAAUCACACAGCUGAGACCACACGAAAGAACAGUUAUCAAGAUGAGAUUCCAGCAAACACUCUACGUUUGCAACAGUCUACAAAUUGUACUGGACAGAAGAAGCUUGUUAUUCUUCAGACCACAUUGACUAAUCCAAGAAUUGUACAAGCAGUGAAAGCAAUUCCGAUUUCGAAGCCUCCUUCGACCCAUCUAAGAACAUCAACCAGUACAAAAGUAGUAUUUACAAAGCCUCACAUACCAGUUCCUGCUUCUUUACCAACGUACUGUAGAAGACUAGUGCCUCGUGGUACUCUUCAUAAAGUAGCUACACCAUGUUCUCCUAUCCAAACGAAUGUAGAAGCUCCGAUGGAGAUUGUAGUAAAUUCUUCCGAUGGACAGACGGCGCGAACAACUUCAACAACAGUUUAUUCUAAUAAUGAACAUUCACAGACGCCUGUAAAUAGUACAAUGCAUUUGAACAUAACGUCUUCAUUAGAUUUACCUUCGGAAACAUCAAGUGUAAAUAAUUCAGGCAAUAGUGUAUACAGACAUGGGAACUACGCUGAAUUUAAUUCACAAAAUUCAGCGGGUCAUCUAGUCCAAGAACCGUACAAUACAGGCUCUAUGUAUAAACAACAAGAUACACAAGGGGACAUCACUGUGAAUAUCGGUGGCAGUCUGGCAACGAAUAGAAUAAUGGUCACAAGUAGUAAUCAAAAUUAUGAACCGAUUUUACAGACCAAUCAGAGCCAAGUAAGGAUACAUCCUCCCAGGACUGGGUUUUAUCCCAAUCCUGACGGUAGUUAUUUACUGAAGACUGCUCCGAGUGAACAAGUUACAUCUAAUCAAAUGGUAACAGGAGACACGUCUCCUUUCUUUUACUGUGCGGAUGCCACGAACUGUGGGAUGUCGAUUCUGAUUAAUCAGACUGCACCUAUUGUAUCGAGCGUAUCGACGGUAGAUAUACAACAACAACAGGCGCACCAGGAACUAGCAUAUCAACCAUCGUUGUACAAUGUUCCAGCAGUAUCUUCAGAUCCAUCCAUGCAGCAAUCACAGAGCGGUAUUGAUUAUUCUGGAUCAAGCGAUGUUUAUCAGGUCCCAUCUAAUGAUUACGGAAUACCGGUUCGGAAAAAUGUUACAACCUGCCAAGUAGCAUUGCAACCCACAACAGAGCUUAUUUGCCCCUAUUGCCCGAAUUCUAUUUCAUUUGUCAACCAGGAUCUGUAUGAAUUACACAUAAGCGUCAGUCAUAAUUUUAUAUGUGAAGUUUGUAAUCUGUCAUUUUACAGUAUUGACGAACUGAGUAUCCACAGAAUCAAACACGAGUUUAUUUAAAAGACAUUACUCUAGGCGCCAGUAAUAAA